AUGUCUGUGCUCAGGAAAGAGCUUCAGGUCCCAAUGCUACCUAAGAAAUAUCCACUGAUAUGUGUGGUAAUUGUGAUAAGUUUGUGUGUUAUCUGGGGUGUGGAAGCCUGUCCCCCGGGCUGCACAUGCACCACCCUUAAAGCCAAGGAUGACAAGAGUGGAGAGACCCCAAGGAUAGGGCGGGGACGCAAAGUCAACUGUGCAGAAAAUCUGUCGCCAAUAACAUCCGCUGAUCAGAUCAAAAGCCUCCCUCUUGAUACUGUAAUUAUUGACCUGAGUAAGAAUGCCAUCACUGUUCUGAGGCGAGCGUCAUUCAACAGACUCUCUAUGCUGCGUAAAUUGGACCUAAGCAACAACCAGAUCAGUUUGAUAGAGGCAGGGGCAUUUGAAGGCCUGCAGAAACUAGAAAAAUUAGAUCUAUCGUACAACAACAUUGGCAGUGUCAAUACGUCCAUGUUUACCGGAAUGUCCAGUCUGCAGAAAAUGUCCUUAUCCUUCAACAAGAUCAACACAAUUCCUGAAGGCACUUUUAGCGACCUCAUCUCCCUUCGCAAAAUUGACUUUAAGUCCGAUUAUUUACGAUGUGACUGUCACCUGCGCUGGAUAGCAAAAUGGAUGAAGGAAAAAAAUGUUCGCAUUCAGUCCUCUACAACCUGCGCAGUACCCCAGGAGCUAAAGGAUCGCCCUGUGAAAGGCCUCAAAAAGAAGGAAUUACACUGUGAUCGUCCAUUGGAACUGCCACUGUUUGAGAUCACGCCCAGUAAAAGCCAAGUGGUGUUUGAGGGAGACAAGAUUCCAUUUGAGUGUCAGGCAUCAGUUGUUGACGAUAAUAUGCACAUGUUCUGGGUGAGGAAAGGUGGUGUUGUCACAACCAAUCGCUCAGCUGGGAUCUUUGUACACACCUACCCCUCCCAGGACCGAACCAUGAUGACACACAGACUAUUACUGAAUAACCUUGGGAAAGAUGACACAGGGAUCUGGCAGUGUAUGGUGACAACACCACAAGGCAAUGUCUCUGAUGAUAUCAACAUUGUGGUCAUCUCAAGUUCUGCACUCUACUGUGUUGCCAUCACUUCCAAGACAGAGAGGGGCAUCUACAAAUGGCCAAAAACAGUUGCAGGGGUGCGGAGUGAACUCCCUUGUAAACGAGGCCAAGAUAGACUUGCCACAUAUGAUUGCACACCUGAAGGUCAUUGGCGUGACCUCAAUGUCGACCGAUGUGAAUUUACAAGUGAUACCACUCGUAAACUCCAGUCUCUUGGCGAGAGUUUAACGGAUAGCUUGCUAGGGAAUUCAAGUGGUUUGUUGCGGACAAUGCGUAACCUUCAGAAGCUGGUGGUGAUACCCAACCACAUGUCCUUCUCCACAGAUCUGACUCUAGUAUCCCGCGCCCUUGCGAGGAUGGCACCUUACGCUUACCAACAGGAAGAGUUGGCAGAUGUGCUGUUGAAUAUUGUGAGCCUGUUGUUGAAUUUACCGGCCAGUAUGUUCCUGUCAGAACAGAAAGCUUCCAGAGCUUGUACCAGGCUGGUGAAUAUAGUAGAAGGAAUUCCUCACCAACAGCUGUCCAGGAGAGCAAAUAUCACCAAGUACUCAGAGAAUAUUGCACUGGAAGCACGGACAGUUUCUGUAGAACACUUUACAGGAAUGACUUGCCUAGCAUACACCAGUAUCUUCAGCUGUCAGAAUGGCAUUAUAAAUACCUCUGCCUCCUUCACAAAGAAACAAAAUAAUCUUCAGGGAUCCAUUCAGUUGCCACGAUCACUCCUAAACAGCAGUGGAGAGCUGGACAGUGAUACACUCCACCUCCAGUUUAUACUGUACAAGGAGACAAAACUCUUCCCCAUUACUACACCAUUCCAUGAUGAUCCUGCUAUUGGGAACCAUUCCCGAAUAGCCAUUGUCUCCAGUGUACUCUCUGCUAAUGUCUCUACCCCUAUCAAGAACCUGACAGAACCAAUUGUCCUCUACUUCAAAACACAGCGGCCAUCUAAGAAUCUAGUGGCAGCUUACUGGGACUUUGAGGCCAAUGGUGGCUAUGGCGACUGGAGGACAGACGGCUGUCAGAUCAUUCCGGACCCAAAUGUGACUGUCGUUCACUGCUUCCAUCUCUCCAUCUUCACCAUCCUGGAGGUGAAUAGCUCUAGUGAGUUAGACAGGGGGAUGAUGUCGGGGACUUUACACCUGCUACCCUACCCUGUCUAUGUAGGCAGCUGUAUCUGUCUCAUCUGUCUCAUGGCUGUCAUCAUCACCUAUGUCUCCUGCUUCAGGUUUAUCAACGUGCCUAAAAAGCUGAAACACUCUGUGAUCAACAUCUGUAUCAGUAUUCUGUUACUACUGAUCGGCUUUACCAUGGGAGUGAAACGUACAGAUCACCACCUCGCCUGUCAGAUUGUGGGCGUCGGCAUCCACUACCUCACCCUGGUCGCCAUGUUCUGGAUCACAGUCACUUCAUACAAUAUGCUUAAAAAGUUCAAUAAAGUAAACAAGCCACCGGCCCCACCCCCAGAACCAGUAGCCAUGCCUUUACCCCCAAAACCAAUGUUACGCUUCUACCUUUUGGCCUGGGGAGUGCCACUCAUUGUGUGCGGCAUCACUGUGGCUGUCAGCAUUGACCAUUACUCAGAGCCUGAUUACUGUUUCCUGUCCUGGGAUCCAAGUAUUGGAGCAUUUUACAGUCCGACAGGAUUACUGGUGGUAUUCAACUUAAUAUUUUUCCUGAGAAUUUCCCGAGUGAUUCACAAGACGACCAAUAACCUGAAUGAGACAGACAAUACAGAAGAGGUGAAUGACAUCGAACUAACACAAAGUCCUGAUGAUGGUACCACAGAGAUACAGGCACUCACCAGCACACGACGACCACCAGAGGAGGACACGGAAUCAAUUGCAUCAAGUGUCAUGGAUAUGGAGCGUCAACCAAUAACACAACUCUACGCUGUGGUAGCCAUGUUGUUCCUGUACAUAUUAUUUUACACAUGUGCAGGAUUUGCUGUUGCGCAACCUUUCAAGAGUAUAAUCCCCCAUCAGGAGCUUAUAUUUAGUUAUUUGUAUGGACUUACAAGCAGUGCAUUUGGAAUAUUUAUGUUGGUGUAUUUCUGUCUGACAAGGAAGGAUUCAUGUUCUAGUUGGAGGCGAUUUUUCUUCUGUGAUCAAAAUCCUGUGUAUGAUGUAAAUUAUCAAGGAAGUAAUCAUGUUGCUCUGUCAAAUGGUCAUGUGGUUCAUGCCAACAAUGAUGUAGACAUGGAGAACAAGAACUACAACAUAACACAGGAGGUGACAGACGGACCUGUGAAACAAUCCAAUAUCAAUCUAAUCCCUGCCCCGCCAUUUCUCAGUGAUAGGGAGAGCUCUGUAACAGGGCCCCCAGACCCUAACAAUGUGCCAAGUUUCUAUAAUCCUAAACAAAAUGGCAUUGCAAAGAAAUUUUGGGAUAGACAACGUCAUCAUUCAAAGCUUAUAACAAAAGAAAUGACUAAGGAUUUAAAUGGUAGUGGUACUGAUUACUUCUCUGGCUCGGAGGCCAAUCACCGUGGAAAUACCAGUGACAUCAACACACUUAUGAGUAUAGAGAUACAAAUUCAGCCUAAUGGGAUUAAUGGCAGAUCAAACGGAGUGUCUCCUCCGGCUUCAUCACUGCCAUUGUCUCAGCAGAAUCUCUAUCCUACUCAGCUUCUACUGCCAGCCAUAAAGGGCUCCAGUGGACUUAUACCAAAGUUCUCCAUGUUGCCGCUGGACCGUAAUAUAAUCCCGCCUGUCGGUGGGUCUGUGUCACCAAUCACAGUAACUACAAGUCCAUGCUGUAGCACAGUAUCUUAUACGGGAUCACAGGUUGCCCCUGCCCAUGGGAGAUCACCCAGUGCCUGCUCUCUGGGUAUGCGGCCAUACCCCAGUGCUUUUACUCCUGUAGCCCCUCGUAACAACACUCUACCAAAGCAGGGCAAAAAUCCCACACCUCAGAAUAACGCUACUUCUACUAGUCCUACACAGGAUUAUAUGAUGCGGAAUGGCUCUGUGCCUCGUCUCAGAGACUUUGAUGGUCAAAGUCAGAUAAGUGAUGUAUGCCCUCGUGAAAAACAAUGGGGCAUGCAAGUGACAAAUAAUUACUUGAAUAAUAAUCAUAAUAAUAAUCAGGCUGCGCCAGGGUAUGACCCAUUGUCACGCAUCAGUCCACAACAACAACAAGUGGGCUGUACAUAUAAACAGUAUGGCUCAGUGGAUGAACAUAUAACAUCGGAGCGCCCUCCUCCGGCCUACCAUUUCUCUCGUGCGAGGUCGUCCUCAGGAGGGUAUAGUUCUGAUACAAGUGGAAGGAUCCAACGUAAACAUGAACAAUCGUUCCUUCAGGAAGUUCAUCAGAGGAUCCCUAGUGAUAAUAAUAAAAAGGCAGUGCAGGAUCUAAAUCAUACACAGUCCCCCCCACCACUGCCUCCCCAUAACAAAUCCCCUGUGACUUCUGACUUGUGUAAUAAUACCAAAGUCUUCACCACACAUGAUUCUGAUAGUCAGAUACAUGUCCGCAGGAGUCGUGGCAAUGACUCUGAUCACAACUCAGAACCAACAUCUCAAGCAUCUCAUCGAAGACGACAUCGGUCACAUGACCCACAACAUCGUCAUUCAAAACAUCAUAAACAAAGUGCCAAAAAGCAGCAUUCUUCGUCUGCUGAGUGGGAGGGUACACCUCGUCCUAAAAUGAUACCAUAUGCUUAUGUCAAUUACCACUAUCAUGACAGGGUUCGGCAAAAGCUCCAACGGAAACAUGGGGCAUUUCCUCAACUAAUGGAGGAUUCUAGCUCCAGCAGUGACAGUGAGGGACUUGACGAUAUUUGGGUGAUGCAGGACAAAAACAAAAACAAGAAAGAGACCAGUGUGUAGCCAGGAGGGCUCCCCAGCAUUAUUUAUUUCAGCAAUUAGUUGUGUAAAUUUGAUGUCAUCUCAUUUUAUGUUAGUUGCCAAAGUCUUCAUUUUUUUUUGAAAGAGAUGAACAAAAAUGUUUGUAUUUAUUACACAUAAUACAUAUUUUUAAUAUGAUUGUAUGACAUGAUUUUAAAGACAGAACUUUGAUUUUAUAGAUUGUGUAUUCAUUUUUUUGACCAUGUGUAGUUGAGUGAGAAACUUUGACUGAAGUAUCAAUGCUAACAGAAAUUCUAUUAAAUUAGCAAUCAUACUUCUGUCAAAUUCUGAGUGCAUUGAUUUUCCAGAACUUGGUAAUUACAUUUUUCUUAUUAAGAGUUUUUGUGUGUUUGUGUCCAUAAGUCUGUGUACCUGUGUCCAUAGGGUCCAUGUAUCAAUGAGUCUGUGAGUCUGCUUUGAGUAACUGUGUCUAUAAAGUCUGUGUGUCCUUGGGUCUGUGAGUCUGCUUUGAGUAAAUGUGUCUAUAAAGUCUUUGUCCUUGAGUCUGUGAGUCUGCUUUGAGUAACUGUGUCUAUAAAGUCUGUGUCCUUGAGUCUGUGAGUCUGCUUUGAGUAACUGUGUCUAUGAAGUCCAUGUGUCAAUGAGCCUGUUUGUCUGCUUUGAGUAACUGUGUCUAUAAAGUCCAUGUGUCCUUGAGUCUGUGGGUCUGGCUUCGAAUACCUGUGUCCACAAAAAGUCCACGUGUCAGUGAGUUUGUAAGUAUUUGUGUGUGUCUGUGUAUCGGAUUGGCUGUCUGUGCAAAAAUAUCUUUUGAGCAAGCAUGAUAACACGGGCAAAUUGAAGACCUAGCUGGCUAUAUUUUACCAUUUUGUACAAGUUUUUUCUUCUCUACCUCAGCUAAUUCUAGUUACAAUGUGUUCUGUUGCUGCUACAGAAGGAUGUUUGGACUGAAUCUUCAGACAGUCUGACUUAAAUAUCAAAUCUACAUGUGUUUAUGAUUUUAGAUAUUUUUGUUCACUGUAUUAUGGAUAGUUUUUUGGAAACUGUUUCUUUCUAAAUGUAUAUGAAAUCAUGUGAAAAGCAAAAUAAACUGCCAAGUGACACAGAAGAUUUUAUAUAUACCAGUAUAUAUAUUCUGACCGACUUUGUCAAAUUAGGUUAAAAAAAAAUACAAAAUGUAAAUAUAAUCUUUAACAGCAUUACAAUUUCUGUUUGCUAAGUGACAUUCUUCACACCAUUAACAGUUCUAGUGUUCAUAUUUCCUGCAGUUCUUUUUUUGUUCUGUUUUUUUUUGUUAUAAAUCUGUUGCUCUUCUACAGACUUUUGAAGAAACAAAACUUUGUUAGUGUGACCCUCUGAAAAUUGCAUUUUACAUUUAAAAUUAUGACUUAACAAAGUUCAAAUUAGUGGAGUACAAAAAGUUUAUGAAUGAAGGAAAGUCUUUUCAUACAGUAUCAAACAUUUAGCAUUAUUAAGACAUAUUUAAAACCUAAUUCUUUUACUCUCAUGCUUAGAAGGAGGAUAGGCAAUUAUUUGUUGUAGCAUCAAAUCCAUAACUGUAUGUAUCAUUUGUUAACGAUGUUCAAAAGACAUGUUUAAAAAAUAAGAGAAAAACUCUCAAAAAAAAACAAAAAACAAAAGAAUUGAAGGUUCAUCAAGGUAAAAACCUGCUAUUUUUCAUCACCACUUCAAGAAGAAUUUGGGGAGACUCUGUCACCUAGUUACACCUUUUUCAUGGGUUAGUGCCCCAGGUUUUAUCGUAUAUAAAACCUGGUACUUUUCAUGGGUUAUUGCCCCUGGUUUUAUCAUAUAUUAAACCUGGUACUUUUCACGAGUUAGUGCCCCAGGUUUUAUCAUAUAUAAAACCUGGUACUUUUCAUGAGUUAGUGCCCCUGGUUUUAUCAUAUGUCUAACCUGGUACUUUUCAUGAGUUAGUGCCCCUGGUUUUAUAUAUAAAACCUGGUACUAGAACCUAGAUAAAAGCAGACAGUGUAUAGUUGGGAAUGUUUACCUGGUCACAGACAAUGUAAAGUUAGGAGUGUUUACCUGGUCAGUGGUGCUGAUAUCGGCUUUAUCUCAGUGCACGAUAUAGAUAUUCCGUUGUGAAAGUGUUGGUGCUAAGAUCUUUCAAAAGCUUUAAAUGUUUUAUCAUCUAUAACAAUACAUGUUUUAUUUCUUGUAAAACAUAUUUUACAUUAGACAACUGGUCAUACAUUACCUGUUUUUACUGAUGGAUUUUAAGUACUUUUUAGUCCGUUCAGUCUUUGAUUUUUCAUGGUUUUCCAUUUUUCAGUCUAAAUUGUUUUGUUUUUAAUGCAUUGUCACACAAUGUAAGCAUUAGUGUUUUAAACAUUUCUAAUAAUGAUGUUAAAUUUACUACAAAUACUUCAACCUGUAAUCAUUGUCUACAAAUGUUUCCUAUUAAACCAAAACAGUUUUGUGAUUAUGUGGUGCUUAUGGUUUGCUAAAAAAAGUGCUUUAUUUCAUCUAAGUUGAUAUUACACAGUAUUCAUUUCAUGUAUUAGCAGAAUUUGUUAAAGGGAUACAGAAAUUACCAGAGAGAAUAGUACUUAACUUGUAACAUAAGCAUUUAAACUGCACAGCUUUAAAUCUAACUGUAAGCAUUACUUUAUGUAUUAUAAUAAACAUGGUACUUUUCUCAAAUUUGUGUAAGCAAUUGAGUUGAAAGUUUUUUUCAAAGUUUGAACAUUGUCUUCUUGCAUCAUCAUGUUGCAGUUUUUGGAUAUGACCAAGUGUAAGGCCAUUGAUAAAAUAUCCCCUGGGGUUGGUCGAUUCAUCCUUGGAUGGCUUAGGUCAAUACUUAAGGAUGGUUUUUCAUUUUAUAGAUAGUAAAAAACAGCAGUGUGAAAUUUACUUUCUGUAUGGCCCAGGUCAAAAUCAUAGCAUUUGUUUGUUUAACUGGUGUUUUAUGUAAAGCUUAAGGUGAUUGCAAUUUUUGUUAUUUCAUCGAUAAGGGUAAGAUCUACAAUCAACUUUGUUCAGAAUUAUCUAAUGUAUUUUUUUUUAUUUUAAUAUUUUCCCAUCAUUUAUGAUAAUUCAAAUGGCUGUAGUUGUUGUCAGAAAAAACAUGAUGAAAAAUUAAAAGGUUUGAAAAGAAAUGGCACUACAUCUUCGAUAUUUAUUGAAUGUUGGAUUUUCUUUGUUUUUUAACUGUCAGUCAGUGAUAAGGAGAGGUAUGGGUGUCUAGAGAAUUUUUAUAAAAUUUUGUCAAUAUUUUCAUUUGGCAAGGUUUUAGCUGAUCAUUUUACAAAGUACAGAUGGGAAAGUUUGAAGAUUUUAAGUCAAUUUACAUGAAAAUUUAAUUUCUUCUAUUAUAUUAAAUGAUUCAGCAACAGUAUGAUAAUCAUGCCAGUUAGUAGGUCAGUAAGAGAUAAUACACUGAGUCAGGAUUAUUUCAGAAUUAAAUAGACACAGAAAAGCUUUAAUCACAGAAAAACGUGUGCUUGUCAAGUGAAAAUGAAGUUUUUAUGUAAGUGAUGUAUGUGAACGAUGUGUAAGAUAUCUGGUAGGUGUACCAGGAACAUCACAGCUGUAUAUACUUGUACAGUGUAUUUCUUUAUAUCAUGUAAGUGAAAUGCAAUAAGGCCAUUAUUGAAAAACUGUUUGUGUGUAGACUUAAGACCAGUAGUGACCAACAUUCUUUAUCAUCAUAAUGUUUGAUCUACUUCUGUUUUACUCUGCGUAAUCAAUGUUUUGAGAACGUUUUAAUAAAUAAAGGCUUUCAAUGUUUGCUGUUUAAAGUUGUUUAAGAAAUUUCAGAUACAAGUAUUUAAUAAGUUGCUGCUAAUCUGAUGCAUUUAUAUUGUCCUUAUACAAGAUGUUUGGACAAAGAGAUCUAGUGUUUUGAUUGGUUUACACCUUUAAUACUCCUCCUAAAAUAUAUUUGAUAUUCCAGGGGCAGGAUAUAUUUUGAAUGUCUUUUCCUCUACACCAAACAAUUAGUCAGCGAUGGCCUUGUUACAAGUAUGUAAUCCAUUGUAGGUGAUAGGGUAAUGGACAUUUGUAACCAACAUCCAACAAUUUUCUGGUGUUGGCCUCAAUAUAAGUGUGACGUUUGUGACCAACAUCCAACAAUUUUCUGGUGUUGGCCUCAAUAUAAGUGUGUAAUAGGUUGAGGCCAGAAUCAAGCAAAAAGUUGAGGUUGGCAUCAGUAUAAUCAUGUGAAAAUUCAAGGCCAACAUCCAACAAUUAUGUGGUCCUUGUUUGCUUCAAGUGUGUGAUAUUUGAGGCCAACACCAAACAAUUUGUUUGUGUUGGCUUUGGAGUAAACUGCCAGGAGAACAAUACGAUUGUGUGAAAUGACCUCGGUACAGGUCAUUGUGUUGUAAAAUACCCUCCAAUUCUGUAAAUAAAACCAGUAAAUCUUAAAUUAUAAUUUUGCUAUAUAUUUAUAUCUUACAAACCCCAGAAUUGUUUUGUUGAAAAUGCAACAAUUUACUACAGCAUACUUUGCAUGUCUUACACUCAAACACUUCCUGACAUGAAGGCCUGUACAAUUCAUUUUGUUCAUGUAAUUGUUUUACAUUUCAAUGAAAAUGACCAAAAGAAAGUUGGCCAAAUUACAGUUUUGAUACCUCUCCAUGAGCUUUUUUCUGGAGUCAGAAUAACCAAGAUUUGAGUUUUUGCCAUAGAAUUUCUGUAAGGAAAAUGUGAAAUCCUUAGAUUUAGUGAUUUAAGGUCUAUUUCAUAAAAGAUACAUUUCAGUGAAGGAUAUAAAAUUAACGAGUGAAAGAUUGUGUAAUUGGGAAAGGAGGAAGAAAUGUGAUGGAGGUUGUCUCCCUUGUGUUGUGCCAUGUGAUGUUUAUAUAUAUACAAACUUUAUCAUAAAAUCUGUCGAGUUUAUACAUGAAUCUUUUUUGUAUUGUCAUUAUACUUUUUGUGACAAAUAUGAUAAAUAAAUUUUUAAUGAUACAA